UCUGUGAUGAAGAUAUAUCUCUCACAUGUUUUCAAAGUGUCUUCCAGUUUUAGAUCCUCUUCACAUCCACCCUGUCAAGAGUCAUCAGAACGAGGUAUGCGCCAAUCAAAUCACCACUUCAUCUAAACUCUAGAAGUUACAAGCCUAUCUUGUCCAACCUUUUCUCUUAAGAAAAUCUGUCCAUUCCAAGUAUUAUACUGGUAAACUCAGUCUGAAUUGUUUCCAGCACAUUUACAUCCUUCCUUAAACAAAAUGGUCAAUUCUGUACAGAGUACACCAGAUGUGAUCUUACCAGUGUAUAACUGAAGCAUAACCUCAUUGCAUUCAAUUCCCAUCAUGAUGGAAACAUUUUAGUAGCUUGCCUAAUAGCUCACCAUGCAUUUCAUGCAUGAGGACACUUAGACCUUCUGUAUCUUAGAGCUCUGCAAUCUCUCACCAUUCAGAUAAUAUGCUUCAUCCUGCCAAAAUACACCAGUUGGUAGGGGUGUGGUUGUUUUCCUUGAAUAUGUUUUGAUUGAUGCCCCGAUAAUCCAAGGAGUCAAUACUGAGGACUACCCCAACUGUCAGUGGGAGAGGACAUUCCCAGGUAUGGUGAUGGAGAAGUCUGGAUGUUUCCAGAUUGACAUGAUUCUGUGAGUAUCACUACUACUUGAUCAAUCAAUGGCAGCUCUCCUCCAUUUGGGACUUGUCCGUACACCUUGGAAACAGAGACUUUAGAGAUUUCAUUGGGUUGAGAUCAACCCGCAUCUUAUUCUAACAUUAUGUCAGAAUUGCCCAGAUCUCUCUGAUUUGCUUUUAUUAUUGGACUUUGUAUUGAUUGUUUAACAUUGUUUCUUUGACCACUUCAAACAGAAUUGAGUCAACCAUGUUGGGUGGGACUGGACUCACGUGUAAAACAGACCAGGCAGUUGUAGCAGGUUUCCUUUCCUGAGGACAGUGUUUGGUUUUAAGGAUAAGCUGAAAGUUCUCAUGUUUUUGUUCUGAAUGCAUUCAAAAAAUUCCAAAGCUGAUUAAAUUCACCUUCACAAUCUGAACUGAUGUAGGUGAAGAGUGGAGAUGCCUUUAAGGGAAAAGCAGUUAAAUAUAGUAGGGGGAAAGGAUCAGAAGGACCCGAUGAUGGGGUGAGAUGAAGAGGGCUGAUAGGAGGCUUGUAUGAAAUAAAAACACGCCCAUGGACUGAAAUGAAAUAGAAGACUGUCACUGGCUGAGGAAUAGGCCCCUUCAGCAAAGGAGGACAGGGAACUGAAAGAAAUUAUGUUUCCUUUUCCUGUUUUACAGAAGGAUCGCAAUGUACAACAUCAGAUAAUACAGAGAGAAUAGACACCUCAGAUAGAACCUGACCAUCACCCAAAGAACAACUGCACACUGGUGGGAAGACAUCCAGUCGCUUCACAGCUUUGCUCAACACAGAGAAGUUGGGCAGUGAAACCAUUGUUUGGAAAUCAGUCGGGUCUGGGGAGCUUUGCUACAUCAUCAGAUCUGAAACUGGUCAGUGGUGUGGAGCCUUCCAUCAAAACCAACCUUUCUGAAGGUUCGGCUGUGGAUGAUCGGUCAGGGUGACGCUGGGAAGAAGUGUGAGUGGCUCCAGGUCCGGUGACAGCUUCAGUCAUUCAUUGAGCCCAUGAACCACUGACUCAUUCCUACAGGCAACAGACUGUUCUUCUGUGAGGAGAGCUCCACAGGCCUGUAAGAUCGCAUGACAAGCAAAUUGCAUUUAUAGAACAGCUGUUAAAAGAAAAUUUCAUGGAAGAGAAACCAUUUAAGUGUGCGGUUUGCAAUAAAUCUUUUGUGACUUCUACAAGGCUCCUGGCACACCAAAUGAUUCACACAGGGGAGAAACCCUUCAGGUGUGAGGUUUGUGAGAAGGCUUUCACCUCUUCUUCUCAACUGCUGAGGCACCAGAGAAUUCACACAGGGCAGAAACCAUUCACGUGCGAGGUGUGUGAUAAAUCAUUCUCGAUCUUAUCAAACCUACGUGUACACCAACGCAUUCACACAGGAGAGAAACCAUUUUCAUGCGAGGUGUGUGACAGAUCGUUCUCCGACUCAUCGACACUGCGCAGACAUCAACGCAUUCAUACAGGUGAGAAACCAUUUGCAUGUGAACUGUGUGACAAAUUGUUCUUGACGUUAUCGCAGCUCCGUGUCCAUCACCGCGUUCACACUGGAGAGAAGCCAUUCAGGUGUGAGGUGUGCGGCAGAACUUUCUCAAGGUCAUCGAACCUCCUGGUCCACCAGAGGCUGCACACAGGGAAAAAACCAUUCAAGUGCGAGAUGUGUGAUAAAUUAUUCUUGACAUCAUCAAACCUCCGAGUACACCAACACAUCCACACAGGGGAAAAGCCAUUCAAGUGCGAGGUGUGUGACAAAUCAUUCUCAACAUCGUCGCUCCUCCUUGCGCACCAUCGCAUUCACACGGGGGAGAAACCAUUCACAUGUGAGGUGUGUGACAAAUCAUUCUCAGAGUCAUCAAACCUUCGUGUACACCAACGCAUUCACACGGGGGAGAAGCCAUAUAGGUGCGAUGUGUGUGGCAAAUCAUUCUCACAGUCAUCGACCCUCUGCCUCCACCAACGCAUUCACACGGGGGAGAAGCCAUAUAGGUGCGAGGUGUGUGACAAAUCAUUCUCAAAGUCAUCAAAUCUCCUGCACCAUUGGAGAAUCCACACAGGAGAGUAACCCUUCAAGUGCAAGGUUUGCAACAAAAUUUUUAUAACAUCUUCAACUCUCCUGGGACACACAGGAUAUGCACAAAGUGCUCUUCAGUUAUGUUUGUGACGAGGCUUUCUCUUGGACUAUCAACAUAGUUACACAGGCGAAAACCUGUCAAUUUAGGUUCAGCAUUAUAGGUUUCUCACAGUUGUUAGAUCUCACAGGACAUCAGAAGACCCACUCAGGAAGUCCUUGCCAAGCUGUUGUCCAUCUGUCAUCAGUGUGAACAAUACUCCAAUUCAUCUCAAUUUUGAUGGUAUCACUGACCCUCAGCCACAGCGGAUCUUUGAUGAGACUGAGUUCUAGAUUUGCAGUCCUUCUUUUGGAAGAAAUGUUUGCUGACAUCGUCCCUGAACUGCCUUGCUCUAAUUUUAAUGUUCUACCCCUUGUUCUGGAAUCUCCUAGAAUCAUAGAAUCCCGACAGUGUGGGGACAGGCCUUUCAGCCCACCAAGUCUUCAUCAAUAUCCUGAAGUUAACCACCCCCACCCCGUCCCCAUAACCCUGCAUUCCACAUGGGGAGGCAAUACGGGGACUGUUUCAUAGAAUGGAAUCCCUACAGUGUGAAAACAAGCCAUUCAGCCCAACAAGUCCACACCAUCCCUCCGAAGUGCGUCCCAUCCAGAACAAUUCCCCGACCCCUGCAUUUUCCCAUGUCUAGCCCGCCUAAACUAAACAUCCAUGGGGGACUUCUUUGGACAGUGGGAGGGAAUCGGAGCAACCGGAGGAAACCCACACAGACAUGGGGAGAAUGUGCAAACUGCACACAGACAGUCCAAGGGUGGAAUCGAUCCCAGGUCCCUGGUGCUGUGAGGCAGCAAUGCUAACCACUGAGCCACCGUGCCACUCCAAAGAUCCAGGGACGCAGAUAAUGUUCUGGGGACCUGGUUCGAAUCCUGAAGAUGGUGGAAUUUUAAUUCAAAAAAUAUCUGGAAUUAAGACUCUCAUGAUGCCCAUGAAUCCAUUACUGAUUGUCAGAAAAAAAACCAUCUAGUUCACUGAUGUCUUUUAGAGAAGGAAACUGCCAUCCUUGCCUGGUCUGGUCUACAUGUAAGUCGAGAGCCACAACAAUGUGGCUGACUUUGAGCAAUUAGUGAUGGGCAGUAAAUACUGGCCGAGCCAGUGAUGUCCUCAACCAAAAUGGCUAACCCACCUAUCCUGCACAUGUCUGGACUCUGUGGGCAAUUUAACAUUGGCAAUCCACCUAACCUGCACAUCUUUGGACUGUGGAAGGAAACCAAAGCACCUGUUGAGGUGGCCUAGUGGCUCAGUGGUUAGCACUGCUGCCUCACAUUGCCAGAGUUUGCACAUUCUCCCUGAAUCUGCAUGGGUUUCCUCCUAGUUGAUGCACAUGAUGUAAUAAUGUUAUGUUCACCAUACAUUCUCCCGAGUUUAAUUUAAAAUUCUGGAAGGGAUCUUGAAUCAUUUUGAUAUAAGCUCAAUAUAGCGUCGGUCUGCUAUGCUUUCUAUU